AUCGACUUAAAUACUACUACUUAGUGACGGACGCUAAAUUCCAGAAAAAUGAAUUCAAAUUGAAUUUCGAAAUAUGUACCGGCCUGUUAGCGUAUAAUUGGUUGAGAAUAAAUCAAUAUAACCUUUUUUGAUUAGUUAUCUUCAAAUUCAGUUCUUGGUUUUAUCUAAUUUGAAAUAUUUUACAGAAAAAUCACUAUGUGAUAGAUUUUUUUCCGCUACUGUAACUUAAGCGCUCCGAUACUUAUACCCCAAAGUUCAUCUAUACCGACCUUUGUCCACUCCACCAUCGACCAUAUUAAAUCAGAGAGGAGUGUUAUUUAUGUAGCAUGGACAGUUAAAAGGUAGUUUAUAUUUAUAGGUACCUAUUAUAUAUAGGUACAAUGGCUGCACGGUUUGUGUGUGCAUGUACUUAAACUGCUCUAUGGAGAGUUCGCGGCGGCGCUUACAGACUGUUAUCGAUUUCGCCUUGUCCAUCAUCUAGGACUAGCCCAGUGCCCAGUAUUCAUAGUUGCUUCAUUGCAAAUUUAUUAAGAGCCUCUAACUAGUAUAAUUAUCUAGUCUAUCUAGACCAAUGUCUUAAAUGUUUAUACUAUUAGUGGGUCUUUGAGCCGUAGACCUCGGGAACCGUGACCAUAGCCGGAUAGUUAGAAUAAAACAACGAAAUUACGUUAUUUGCCUCUGUAUCGCUUUUGCAUAUUCAAACGAUAGAGAGGAAAAUAAUUGAACGAACGAAGGGCUCGCGAUAUUUGGGACAAAAAACAAGCCAACGAAAAGUAGGCCCUCUGCUCACAAAAUUUCACGAGAACCGGUUAAGAAAUGCGACCUAUACUGAAAACCAGCUGAACAGAGUUACAAAAGCAUUUAUGCACAUCUAAAACUGAGACGCUUCGCGCUCGCUCGGUCGAUAACAGAAAAUCUGUUGGUAUGGACUUGACUAUGAAUACGCGCCACAUCUACGCAGGAAUAGCAGAAUCAGUAAUAAUUCAACGUUCCGUUAGACGUAUAGCGGCUUAAAUGGAAAUAUGUUUUUAUAAUAUUACGGUGAUGUAAAAUAAAAACUCAAGGGUUUAAUAUUAUUUUCACGAAAAUGUUCCAGGCAGAAUGAUGUAAUAAUUUUAUUUACCAAGUGGGGUCGUUACAAUGUACUGUAAUAUUUCACAAUGAAGAACGUGCAUAUAUGUAGUAGGAACGUAUUUUAAGGCGUUUUGACAGUUGGAGUUUGCGCGUUGAAAAUGUCAAAGUUCACUCGUAGUUCUCCAUUGGAGCGUUUGUUUGGUGUGAAUAAGAAAUAAAAUAAUGUUUGUGUGAUAAUGUGUCAUUGUUUUGAUGUGAUAUUUUUAAAACCUUUUAUUAGGAUGUGAAAUCAGAUAUUUUUGACCCUAGUAAAUACAAACUCAGUCAAGAUGCUGAUCAAAGAGUAUAGAAUUCCUUUACCUCUCACAGUAGAGGAAUAUAGGAUUGCGCAGCUGUACAUGAUUGCAAAAAAAAGUAAAGAAGAAAGCACUGGUGAAGGCAGUGGUGUUGAGAUACUGGUCAACGAGCCAUAUGAAGAUGGGCCUGGAGGUAAAGGUCAGUACACACAAAAAAUAUACCAUGUUGGUAGUCAUUUGCCAGGGUGGUUUAAAAGUCUACUGCCAAAAUCAGCUUUAACAGUUUCAGAAGAAGCUUGGAAUGCUUAUCCAUACACAAAAACCAGAUAUACAUGUCCAUUUGUUGAAAAAUUCUCAUUAGAAAUAGAAACUUAUUACUUUGCUGAUAAUGGCCACCAAGAAAAUGUCUUCAAAUUAUCUGGCAGUGACUUAAAAAAUAGAAUAGUUGAUGUUAUUGAUGUUGUGAAAGAUCAACUUUAUGGCGCUGAUUAUGUUAAGGAAGAAGACCCAACACUAUUUGUGUCUCAGAAAUGUAACAGAGGCCCCCUAACCGAGUCUUGGCUAGAGGAUUAUUGGAAAGAAGUUCAGGGAAAACCACAACCUUUGCCAAAUGGAAAAUCACUAAUGUGUGCUUACAAACUGUGUAGGGUAGAAUUUCGAUACUGGGGCAUGCAAACCAAACUAGAGAAAUUUAUUCAUGAUGUUGCUUUGCGGAAAACAAUGUUACGCGCUCAUCGCCAGGCGUGGGCCUGGCAGGAUGAGUGGCACGGCUUAACGAUGGAAGAUAUACGGGAAAUAGAACGACAGACUCAGUUAGCACUCCAGAAAAAGAUGGCUGGAGACACCAGUGACGAGCAGGAUAUCUCUGAGGACAAUUCUAAAUCUCUAGCUGCCACGAUGAGUAGCCUGGAAAAGAAUGAAGAAGUGCCAACUCCUUUAGUGACAAAGAAAAAUAAUUUAGAAAAGAAAAUGCAAAAGCAUUUGAGCCCUGAGGGAACUCCACCAUCGGAACACAAAAGUUCUAAAUCUAAUCUUAGAUCAUCAUCUUCGGGGUCUAUAAAGAGUUUGCAAGUACAAGCAGCUAACUGGCGCAUGGAAACUCUUGUUAGAGAAUCUGAGACGGAAACUGGUUCUGAGGAUGAGUUCUAUGACUGUGAAUCUUCGUUUAACAAAUGGUCAUCAAUGUGCUCGCUUGAUGAAGGAGACAUCGAUAUAUCACCAACACAAGUAGACCAAAAUCAGGAAGACAGUAUUUUCAAUCCCUCGUUCCUCAAAAGAGUUACAUCCGAAAGAGGCUCUCGCCGAAUCGGCACAUUACAAAGUCACCAGAGUAUUGACGGCGGCCCUGAUACUCCAGUUCAUGGCUCCUGUCAAACAACAGUAUUAAUAUUAGUAUUCCAUGGUGGUAGCGUAUUAGAUGCCAAUAUUGAUAUGACUGCUAAGAAAUCAGAUGUAACAACUUUUAAGGGUGCAUUUGAAUCUGUCAUGCGCCAACACUAUCCGACUCUUGUAGGGCAUAUAGUAAUAAAGUUAGUUCCAUGUCCAUCUAUUUGCACGGAAAGUUUAGGGAUAUUAUCUACAUUGAGUCCUUAUAGUUUUGAUUGUUCACCAUCUACGAUUGAAACACCAUCUCUUACUAACGACUUAAUUCCUAUUGGGGCGAUUCCUUUAAUUGCUACUAAUUCGCCAGAUUAUGCCGAGUCUGUAACAAAGACUAUUAACUCUGCCAAUGCGGUUUAUAAUGAAUUCAUAAAAUCAAGUGAUGGGAAAGGAUUUAGUGGUCAAGUCUGCAUAGUAGGUGACAGCAUGGGCGCUGUUCUCGCAUACGACUCACUUUGUCGUACUUUACAGUACCAGUCGCGGCAUGACAGUGAAAACAGCAUUUUAGACACCGAAAUAACCAUUCCUAAUGACCCAACAGAAAAUUAUAUAAAUAAAUCUCAUCUCCAAGCUCCCACCCCGCGAAGAAGGUCGUCUUCGACGAGUGAUAACCAGGUUAAACUGGAAUUUGAAGUCAGUGAUUUUUUUACAUUCGGUAGUCCGUUAUCGGUUAUCGUCGCUUCGAGAAAAAUAGCCGAUGAUAAAUAUCGUGACAUUGUCAAGCCACCAGUUCAACAAGUUUUUAACUUAUUUCAUCCGACCGAUCCAGUGGCUGCUAGAGUGGAGCCUUUACUAUCAGCUAGGUUUACAAAUUUGCCACCUAUUAACAUUGCGAGAUAUGCUAAAUAUCCAUUAGGCAACGGUCAACCAUACCACUUAAUGGAAUUAAUCCAGAGUCACCCACAAUUGUUUGGAGAUCACUUGCAAAUGCCUCCAACUCCAGUAUUGCGAAGGCUUUCCGAAGUAUCGAUGCAAAGUACAGUCAGUGGGUUAGUUGAUAAUAUUCCCCUAAUUACUAUGAAUGCGUUGCAACAAAAAUGGUGGGGAUCCAAAAGAUUAGACUAUGCUUUGUAUUGUCCAGAAGGAUUAAGCAAUUUCCCAAUGAAUGCUUUGCCUCAUUUGUUUCACGCUAGUUACUGGGAAAGUUCUGACGUUAUUGCGUUUAUUCUACGUCAAGUUGGACAUUUUGAUUUGGCUCUAUACGGUCACUUAGAAGAUAAGGAUAAUCAGUCGUUCAAGCCCGGUCAAGAGCGGGAAAAAUGGAUAAAGAAGAGGACAUCGGUUAAACUAAAGAAUGUUGCUGCCAAUCAUAGAGCUAAUGACGUGAUAGUCAAGGAAGGGUGUCCCCAAAUGUUUACAGCUAGAUUUAUGUAUGGUCCACUGGACAUGAUUACAUUAACGGGUGAGAAAGUCGAUAUUCAUAUGAUGAAAGACCCUCCAGCAGGAGAAUGGACGUUGUUGUCUACAGUCGUCACGGAUAAAACUGGUAGAAUCUCCUAUUCAUUAACUGAAAAGCAAAGCGUGGCAUGUGGUAUAUACCCGCUAAGACUUGUUGUCAGAGGAGAUCAUACGAGCUGUAGUUUCCAUCUAGCUGUAGUUCCUCCUGAAACAGAAUGCGUGGUUUUCAGUAUUGACGGCUCCUUUACCGCGAGUGUAUCUGUGACUGGCCGAGACCCAAAGGUUAGGGCAGGUGCAGUGGACGUAGUACGCUUCUGGCAAGACUUGGGUUACCUUAUAUUAUAUAUCACUGGGAGACCUGAUAUGCAACAGCGGAGAGUCGUGUCAUGGUUAGCAGAGCAUAACUUUCCUCACGGACUAGUAUUUUUCUCUGAUGGGUUCUCGACGGACCCUCUAGGGCACAAAGCGGCACAUUUAAAAAGCCUUAUAAGCGAGCACGGCAUUAUUCUCCAUGCCGCUUAUGGAUCUGGAAAAGACAUAAGCGUAUAUAACAACUGUGGACUAUCCGCUAAGCAGAUAUAUGCAAUUGGGCGCAUCAGUAAAAAGUAUAACCACAUGGCUACGACUUUGAGUGAUGGUUACGCUUCUCAUUUGGCCGAUUUAAAGUUGCCUGGUGCUGUUCGACCUGCGAGGGGAAAUGCGCGCUUGCUUGUGCCGCGCCGAUUACUGGCUCCAGUAGCUAGCGUGUCAACUCGUGGCCGCCGUUAACUCAAAACUAAUCUGUAUCAUUCUUGGCACUGGCCUUGCAUGCAAAUUAGAUGAAGGUUUAACAAGGAAUGAGUAACACCGUAAUAGAUGGAGAGCAAUAUAAAAUGAUUUUUGAAAUAUUGAUGCGUAUUUAAUCCUGUUACACUGCUAUUGGCUGUUACCAACUACUAUCCUUCUGAAUAUUAUGUUUUUUUUAAAUGUAUUAUUGAGUAAAAUGUCUACUUACUAGAUUUUUCAUGCUUGUGCGUCAUAAUAUAAACUAGCGUAUUUCUUAAGCAAAGUCGUUAUAACUAAAUAAAGCAAUUGAGUAACUGUGCGAAACAAAGGCUAGACAAUCUAUUGUCACUAUGUACCUUACUAUUUUAAAUAAUUUAAUGGUAUGUAAUGCGUUAUCUACGAUAGGUGCUAUUAGAAUAUUCAAAUGAUUCUUUACAAACAGAGGUAUUCUUUCAAGAGAUUCUUUACAAAUGGUAUUAGUUUAGUUUAGGGAAUAUAGUAAUUUAUAACCUAUCGUGGAUGCCGCAUCCCAUACUACUGUUUAAUUGAUAUAAUAGACGUAAGAAUUCUUGUUACCUACUUCUCGUGAUAGUCGUGAUUUAAAUUGGCGAAAGUCUAUUGAUUUAGAUAUUUUUUAUUUAAAUCAUAUAUGUACUUAUAGUAUAAUUGUUGUGGAUCUCCGAACUUUGAGACCAACAAGUCGAUGUUCUAGUCGUACCUACGCGUUUUUCUCGUUCGUAUUUUAAAAUGUAAGUUACAUUUUCAGUAAAUGUAUGUAAAGUAAUGUGAAGUAUUUAUGUUCCGACAUUUGAGCAUUUACGUAACGUAGGUCGUACCUGUAGGUUCUGUGUACGUGUCUAGAUAUGCAGUGCCUCAGUGUCCUCGUUUUAUGAUACGCUGAGCGCUGACCUGACCGGACAAUCGCUGACGAGUAGUGCCGAGUGAUGACACAAAUAUAGUAUUACCUAUUGCUUUUUAACUACCUAAUGGUAUUUAGAGGCUUUCGUAGUUCUAUUUUGUUUAAAUACCUAUGUAUCUAACUUUAAAUAGUAUUGAAAAAUUAACUCUAAUGAGAACCUACUUUACAAAGUCAAACAUGCUCUAUUGUACAAAUUACAAAUGAUACGCAUUUUGCAGCUCUUGGUUUAUUAAACAUAUGCGCUAGGGUUAUGGAUCAUGCCUAUUUAAAUUAAGAAUAAUUUCCCCACUCGUGUUGACUUUUUAAACAUUCUGAGAAAUAAAACAAUUUUUAUAUUUUUUGAAUUGACACCCUCACAUCACACUUGCGUUUCGGACUUAAAAAUAUAGAUUAUUAACUCCGCAAUAUAAUAUUGACAUAAUUAUGUAAGCACAUAACAAAGUGCUAUAAAGUGUAUUUAAUUAAAUAUAAUAUAUAAUAUAUUUAAUAUAUAUAAUAUAUUUAAUUAAAUAUAUUAUGUUAUAUAUUAUAUAAUUUAAAUUGAGUUUCAUUUAUGAAUAUAACUUUCGGUAGAUAUUGGUAUUAUCUAAUAUUAUAAAUUUAUAACAUUUUAUAAUUGUAAUUAUGAUGUUUUCCAAAUGAUGCAAUUAUUCAUAAAUCGAGCAACCUAUAAUACAUAUUACUAUUAGUAGAUAUAUAAUAUUUUUAUUGAAUAGUCUUUUAUAGACUGUUAAAAAUUGUUUUGAAAUUAUGAAUUUAAGAUAGAUGCAAUUUUAUUAACAUUUUGGCAUAUAUUUAAAUCUAAAUUCUAAGUCGUAAAAUAUGUAUAUUUGUAAUAACUUUUUAAUAUUCUCAAUUUGUAAUAUAGCUAUUGUCAUUUAACAUUUGUAUUGUUGAUAUUAUAAUGAACCUACCUAUUAAGUACCUAACAAAUUUAUUUUUGUAGACCAAAUUAAGUUACAUAGUAAUUUAACGUAAUUAUAAUUGUAACAUAAAACAUAUAAAUAGUUGAAUAUAUUCCUGGUUCAGUUAUUUUAAUGUAAUGAGACGUUUUGGUGUAAAUUAAUUUAAUGAUGAUUAAUUCAUAUUUUCAACUUUAUUGACAGCACUGUAUAUUGUAAAUAAUAUGUCAGGUAUUAAAAAAAAACGGGCAAUAAGCAUUCUGCCAAAUAAUAUUACAUCCCUUUCUUAAUCCAUUUAAUUUAUAAGUUAAACUGGCAAUACUGGUGAAAAAAUGCUAAGCAAUUUGUUUUUGUGUUUCUAGAAUGCCAGCUGAAGAAGUGUGGCCUGCCAAUGGCUUUACAUUAUUAUAGUCUUUUUCAAAUGCGAAGGGUAGGAUGGCAUUAGAAUUUUUGUCAUUCAAUGCCAUUGACGUUUCACACCAAUCCUUUUUUAACAAAAAUAACUUGAAUCCCAAUAGGACAAAAAUACAUAUAUUCAUAGCUUUGAGCCUUCGUUGUCUCAUCACCAAAAUAUAUAUUAUUAUGUUAUAAAAAUAAAAAGAUAAAUUUUAAUUUAGUUGAAUUUUAUUAUGUAAAACUGAAAUCAAUUGCAUUAGAGUUUACUUAUCGACCGAACCGAUUCCGAUUGUGUCAAAUCGCUUCAGUCGUAUCCAAUUCUGAAGGUAUGUUUACCUACUUAAGAGGCCGUUAUCGAUUUUAGUUCAAAAAUCAAGUUGAUAGAUUUCGUCUAUGAUAUUGUACACCUUUUGUUAACUAUUACAAAUAACAAGUACUGGUUUCUAUUAGCACGUCUUGUUAUCUUUGAUUUUAACAAAUCAAUUUUAUUAAAACAGUCACUUAAUUAGUAAUGAUUUUUUUUCUGAUGGUUGUUUAGGUAAACGCGCGUAAAACAAUGAUUUUAAAGCUCUUAUUUGUAUUAUAAAUUUCGUAAUAUUAGGACUGCUAAAAAUGGUAAGUUUGUAUUUCACAUAUCCUGUACUUCAACUUUAAUAAACUACAUUUUUGUUAUUAUAAAUUUGAAGUAGUGUAAAUGAAAGUUGACGAAAUUAAUUUUCUCCAAAAAAUACUUCAAAACAAGUGACAAUUUCUCUGAAAAGUAACGUAAUUUUUGAUACUUAAACAAACUACAACAUUUGCUGAAACUGUUCUUAUAUGUACAUCAUUUUGUAUGAUUUACCACUAUAAUUUUUUGAUGAAUUUUUAAAAACUGUUCCUUCUCGGCACGUAUUACCGGGGAUGCGCGCUUGCGACCUCAUUAUUAAAUGGCAAGAUGAGAAGACGUGCUAAUAGAAACCAAUACUUGUUAAUUAGAUAUUACGUAACAAAAGGUGUACAAUUUCAACGAUAAAUCUAUAUAUUUUACAUUUUUGCUCUAAAAUCCUUAGCGGAAAUAAAAAAUUCAAUCGAUUAUAUGGCCUUUGCAGAUUUAAUGGAGAAUAUCACAACCGUAUUAUUGCUUUUUGACAUGUGUCAGCUUUCCCUUCGAGUUUGAAAAAGACAUAAGUCAAAUACAUAUAUUUUUGUACAACAUUGCUCUUCAUUCCGCAGACUUAAAGGUAUUCCGUCAUAUUAUUUAUAUUUAUAUUGUAAAGCUGCUUAAAGAUUGGCAACUCAGAUCACAAGUCUUAAGAGUAGAAAAUGAUGGGUCAUUUAUGGUGAAACUGACCCAUUAUUUUAUAACCAUUCCCUUGUUGUAUUAAAUAAAAUACUAAUAUUGUAUAACAAUAAGAUUGGAAAGAAGCAAUUUGUUAAAAAUAUUUUCGUUCUUUAUACACGUAAGGACUAAUAUUUAGAUCCUCAGAUAUAAGUUUUUCUGAAAUAUAUUUAAACUUUAAAAAUUUAUAUUACAGGUAGUAAAUAAUUUACAUGUUUAUUGCUUGACUUAUGAGAUACUUAGCAUAAUACCAUAACUGUUGAUAUCCCGAAAUCAGAUAUAAGACUAAACAAAGUCAAAGAGGUACUUGAAGCUUUGAAAAAAAUACCUAGUCUCUACAAUUCUUAUUGAUUAUUAUGCCUGGAUUCGUGGUAAAACACUAAGGGGUGAUUUCAUCACUAUUUUCCCAAUGAAAUAAAAAUGGUGACGGGUAUUUAAGUUUAACACUAAUAAAUGAAAUGUGUAGUUAAAUACACACAAACCUGGUUUUGUUAUAGGUGCAGGUUUUUAUUUUUUAUACUAUAGUUAUACUGUAUUUAUAAAUCCCGAGGAAUAUAAAAAAUGCCAAUUUGUAUUAUUCUUUAAGCCUGUAAUUUGGCAAGUCUUUAUAAAAUAAUCACUCGGCCAUGUUAGUUACCCUCACAUUUUUAAUGACAUGUAAUGUGAUAAGAAUAAAUAUAUUAUAUAUUAGUAAUGCUAAUGUAGUACUUGCCAAGCAACCUCCAUUACCUACUCGUAAUCGGAAGUUUUAUUUGCUUUUAUACAGUUUGUGAAAGUUGUUACAGAAGUGGGUAUAAAAGGAACAGUGUAUCUAGCCUGCAUGCAGACGUAUAUCAAUAAAAUUAAAAUAAAGCACAUCACAAUAUGAUUCGCAUAUCGACAUUAUUAAUCGUAUAACUAGCGUUUAUUUUCAAUCGGCGCGUUGGUAAACAAUAAACAUAGCGUUGUAUCAUCUGGGGUCGGAGCUUUUCCAUAGCCUGAAUACAUACAUACAGUCACGCCGGAGGGGUAGGCAGAAUCCACGGAUUUCCACUUGCCACGACAACUUUCUUAAAAUUCUUGAUACAUGCUCACCGGUUUGGGGCUCUUGACCUGGCAUCGGGGAAAUCCUGAAGAAGGCUUCAGAAUUUCCCCGAUUUAAUUUGAGAAAGUCCAACGAGAUCUACCCCUGCCAACUCCCUCUUCUACUUCUCUCUUUGUUGGCCUUCUUUAACUCAUUCUUUCCACGUGUCCAAACCAUCUCAACAUACCUUUCUCAUUUUUGUCACUACAUCUUUGUUCAGUCCACAAUUUUCCCUUAUCACAUUAUUCCUAAUUCUAUCUUGUAAUUUCACACCAAAUACACUUCUCAACGCUCUCAUUUCCACUGCAUUCACUUGGCUCUGAUGAUGCCUCUUCUGCCAUACCCAACUUUCGCUACCAUAGGUACAUAAGUGUAGGCACCAACACCCCGACAAACGUUACAAACAAUAAAAAAAGGAAUAAGUCAUAUUUUGGACACAGAAAUGACAAAUAUAAUAUAGUAAAACUAAUAUUGGAAGGAAAAAUUGAUGGCAAGAGGGGAAGGAAAAGGAUCAUCUAACUUAACAACAUUAAAAAAUGGACGGACGUUAAUAACGCAGCCAUACUGGCAAGAAUGGCUAAGAGCAGGAGAGAGAUGGUUUAGGUGGUCGUCGACGUCCGUUAGGGCAUGGCUAAUAAAGAAGAAGAGAUAACACUAGAAGAUUAUGCUAUGAAAACGAAUACCUAGGUAUAUCUCAAGCAAUAUUAUACGGCAUGUUUAUACAGCGGGCUGUAGGCCACGUAUAACUGAAUUGGAUUGUGUGGAUCUUCCUGUGUAAGCACCUCGCUAGUUUAUUAGUAUGGCUUCAUGCGGCGGCCCGUUCCUUCUAAAUUUAGAGAUUAGAUGUACGGCGCUCGAUCGUAUGAUGUAUUUAGUGUUUAUAGUCUAUAAAGUAAACACAACUCCAAAAUUAUCUAAGUACCUGCCGAUAGCUGGCUUUUGUUUAUAUUUUGUCUCUUUUUGGUUGUUAAUUUUUCCUAUAAUCCUAAGGCAAAAUCUGAAUCCUAUUUCAAAAAAGAAAUUAGGCAGGCACCUACCUACCUACACCGUUUAAAGAGAUAAGCGGGCGAAAAGUUUAAAAAGCGGCCAAGUGCGAGUCGGACUCGCCCAUGAAGGGUUCCGUACCAUUUAUGACGUAUUAAAAAAACUACUUACUAGAUCUCGUUCAAACCAAUUUUCAGUGGAAGUUUGCAUGGCAAUGUAUAUCAUAUAUUUUUUUUAGAUUUUUCGCUCUGUUAUUUUAGAAGUUACGGGACACACACACACACACAUUUUACCACUUUGGAAGUGUCUGUCGCGCAAACUAUUCAGCUUAGAAAAAAAAUGAUAUUAGAAACCUCAAUAUCAUUUUUAAAGACCUAUCCCCUAGAUACUCCACACGUAUGGGUUUGAUGAAAAAAGAUUUUUUGAGUUUCAGUUCUUAGUAUGGGGAACCCCCAAAAUUUAUUGUUUUUUUUUUCUAUUUUUGUGUAAAAAUCUUAAUGCGUUAAUAGAAUACAUCUACUUACUAAGUUUGAACAGUAUAGCUCUUAUAGUUUCGGAAAAAAGUGGCUGUGACAUAAUCGGACAGACAGACGGACAUGACGAAUCUAUAAGGGUUCCGUUUUUUGCCAUUUGGCUACGGAACCCUAAAAACGGCGUACGCGACUAUUAUUAACUACUCGUUAUAGAGUAAGACCGUGUACAGUUUUGUUUUUCCUUUAAUUUGUACAGUAGCAACGUCUGCAGCUGACUACCUAGUUCCCCACGAGGAAUUAGCCGGGUCCACACAGAGCGAGCAUACGCGCGAGGGAAUUUCCUCACGUACAAUACGGCCAGUAUAGACGUGCCUCGGCCGAGGUGGCCCGCGCGUUUUCCUCGCCCGAGCUCGCCGCCUCAGCCGAGGCACGUCUACACUGGCCGUAUUGUACGUGAGGAAAUUGCCUCGCGCAUAUGCUUGCUCUGUGUGGACCCGGCUAUUCACGAUAAACGUAAAUCCUACCGUAUAUACCAUAUGUGUAAACAAAUAAUGCAAUCAGUCUAAAAGCCGUCCUCAAUUUUAUUCAUGAAAUUAUCCUUGUAACUCACGAAUAAACCGUUUGCGUCGUAAAAAAAAGGAAGGUACCUACCUAAUCGCCCAACAUUCACUAGUCUCAUAUUAUUAAAAUGAGUAGGUACCUAUCUAAGUUGUCCGUACCUAUCAGUAUCACCAAAUAAUCAUUUUCCUCAUUACUUUUUCUUAGGUAUCUACAUCUACGCCUUCUGACACCAACAGUGUUACACUCUUUAACUAAUUAUUGGUAGACCUUUACGCCUUUGCAAUAAGGUUUACCAAUUGUCAAUUAACCGCGUGGACGACGAUAAUGUUGCACAUCUUCGUUCAAAUGUCGACGCUCUUUAGUUUCACUUGUUUUAAUAAAUUAUCCGGGAGUCUUCAUUUCCCGUUCAGUGACGUAAGGUUCUUACCCACUGACGUCAAAUUGUUUGAGGGUACGGUUUGCUGCAGAAUUGCAGGAUCCCGUUUUAGUAGUAUAGUAUAGUAGUGUAGUAGUUUUAGUAGUGGAACGUUACUAUAUGUGCUAAUUUAGUAACGUUCCACUUACUACUAGCUUUUCGGUGAAGGAAAACAUCGUGAGGAAACCUGCAUACAUCUGCGACGAAAUUCAAAGGUGUAUGUGAAGUCCCCAAUCCGCAUUGGGCUAGCGUGGGGACUAUAGCCCGAGCCCUCUCGCGCAUGAGAGGAGGCCUGUGCUCAGUAGUGGGACGUAUAUAGGCUCAAUUAUUAUUAUAGUAACGUUCACAUUAGCAUUCUGUUUACGGAAUACUGCAAGCAAAAACCGUACCUGCACAAAGUCAGUGCCGUGGGAAAGAGUUUUAGAUUGGGUUUACCCAAUUCCUCGGCUCGUCACACUAACGAUUCCGCUGAUUAGUAACUUUACAGUCUUUACACCUAUUACUGGUAAGUGUAUAAGUCCGAAAGGGACAAAUUCUUGUAAAGAUGAAUGCAACCGUGUACCGAAAUUAUUCUAAAGUCCAGAGUCUGUGCGGAAAGAGAAGAGUAUGACUCUGAAUGUGUUGGUUCCCUUAUAUUCCACGACUCUUCUGUUUCCGCACUGACUCUUAACAUGAUCCAUGUAGAUCCGGCGAAAAGCAUUCGUCCAUUUAGAUAAUGGAUAUAUGGUAAGCGAGCAAGUUACGUCAUAGGCCGGUACAGGGCGCAGUUCGGAUAUGAUGGUCGCACUUGUCUACGCGAUAAUUAGUGUUUGCCUCUUUCAACCGCGCAAUAUAAAAAAAAGCUAAACGAAAAUAGGUUCAUCCGUUUGGGACCUACGAUACCACAGACAGACACGUUAAACUUAUAACACCCCUCUCUUUUUGCGUCGGGGCUUAAAAGGUGAUGGUUGCUUUAUCACGUGGAUAACUCCGGCCAUCAUACGCCCGCUGAUCUCUUUCGUCAGGUGUGAAUCAUGUGUUAACCCUUUUCCAGGCAUAGUACGAUUUAUCGCCCACAUAGGCGCCAAUAGAAUUUCAACUUAAGCAUUUCGAUUUAAGGUUCAAAUUAGAUUUUACUUUCGGGAAAUGUGACUUGUCCCAUCAAAUGAAUCAUCAAAGCUGGAUUUAUUGGAAUAUAUUUGAAUUUUUUGGGAAAACCUUGUAGAUUGGUGUGGCCUGGAAAAGGGUUAAUUAUUAGGUACCUGUAUUUAUUUUUCCGAUGUAGGUCAUGUACGGUUAUAUUUUUACUAGUCUUAACUAAUACCUGUACCUUCGUAGUUUCGCAAAUGUUGUUAGUGAUUCGGUGAUCGGUGUUAAUUUAUUAAUUCAAAUAAGUGCUGUGCUAGCUUUUAAAUCUUUGUGUGCAUAAAUGUGUGGGUAAAUAAAUUAUUGUUGUUGGCAA